AUUAAUGUAUAGUGUUUCUUUUACUGAAACAUUAGAGCGACACAUUUGUUGUCGAAGCUCUCUCAAUCUAAUCUCAAUUCCAAACGCGUUUCGUUGGAUGUCCCAGUGCGCCUGCCGUAGGCACGUGAGUGUCAAUGUUGUCAAGAUGACUGGCAAUAAAAGCGGAGGUCAUAACUCCAUCAGCACAGCAAUACUUGGUUUUCUCUUUCUCAUCUGUUUUCCACAGUGUCAAUGCAGUCCUUACCGUCACAACAGCAAACCCCUUUUAAAUACAUCCAGAGAGAUUUUAAAGUACUCUGACAUAGCUCAACAAAUUAUAGAUCUAGCAGUCUAUGGCAAAGCCCAGAAUCGUUCCUAUGAGAAACUGGCAGUGUUCACAGACACCAUAGGAAACCGAGUCAGUGGAUCUGAGAACCUGGACCUGGCCAUUAAAUACAUGUACAAUGCUCUGACGAAGGACGGCCUGGAGAACGUUCAUCUAGAACCGGUGAAGAUCCCUCACUGGGUGCGGGGGAAGGAGAGCGCUGUAAUGCUUCUACCGAGAAACCACACGCUGGCUAUACUUGGACUGGGUAGUAGUGUAGGAACUCCUGUAGAAGGUAUAGAGGCAGAGGUUUUGGUGGUGGAGUCUUUUGACGAGCUCAAGAAGAGAGCGAGUGAGGCUAAAGGGAAAAUCGUAGUGUAUAACCAGCCCUUUGUCAGCUAUGGGGAGACUGUAGCUUACCGGGCGUCAGGGGCUUCAGAGGCAGCGAAAGUUGGAGCCGUGGCAUCCCUCAUUCGCUCUGUAACUCCAUUCUCCAUCAACAGCCCUCACACUGGCUGGCAGUGGUAUCAGCCUGGAGUUGCUCAGAUCCCCACUGCCUGCAUCACAGUUGAGGAUGCCCAGAUGAUGGCCAGGAUGGCCCGCAGAGGCCAGAGGAUUGUAGUGCGGCUGACUAUGGGGGCUCAGACGCUACCAGAUGUUGACUCAUUCAACACUGUGGCUGAAAUCACAGGCAGUACACAUCCUGAACAGGUGGUGUUGAUCAGUGGACACCUGGACAGCUGGGAUGUGGGGCAGGGAGCUAUGGAUGAUGGAGGUGGGGCCGUCAUUUCGUGGGAGGCACUUUCUCUGAUCAGAGACUUAGGGCUGCGUCCCAAAAGGACACUGAGGGCGGUUCUGUGGUCUGCCGAGGAGCCAGGAGGAGUUGGGGCUGCUCAGUACUUUGAACGUCACAAGGCAAACAUCUCGAACUUUGACUUGGUAAUGGAGUCUGACUUGGGCACCUUCAGGCCCGUGGGACUGCAGUUCACAGGCAGUGACAAAGCUCGGGCGAUCAUGCAGGAGGUGAUGAAACUGUUGGCUCCCAUCAAUGUCACGUCUCUUGAGCGGGAAGGAGAGGGGACAGACAUUAACAUGUGGAUGCAGGCUGGGGUUCCAGGUGCCAGUCUGCACACUGCAGAUCAAAGGUAUUUCUGGUUUCAUCACAGCGAUGGAGACACGAUGAGCGUUCAGGAUCCAGAGGAGAUGAACCUGUGUUCAGCUGUGUGGGCCGUAGUGGCUUAUGUGGUGGCUGACCUGGAGGAAAUGCUCCCUAGAUAACAAAUCACUCUGAAACUACAAAUCAAACCUUUCUCUGUCAGCAACCCUGUGAUUUAACUUGAGCUACAACUGUGAUCACUCCAGUAUGUACCACUGUUGUGUAAUUUUCUUUUAUUUUCUAGUCGGUAGUUUCUUUUUAUACUGUAAAUUAAUAUAUCGUUCCAGUCGGAUAAUUUGUAAGUUUUAAGUAAGCCGUAAUGUGUACAUAAAAUGUUUUGAAUAAAUACAUACCACUUAAAGUAUCCUCGGAAUUUAGGUUGCAGAGCCUUGGUUGCACACUUUUACAUAAACUACAAAAACACAGUGAGGCUGAUAUGCUGUCAUAUAGUACUUUAUGAUUUCACAAGAUGAGCCAGAAUCAUCAGAUCUCAUGAUCCCAGCAGUUCUCAUUUCUAAAAACAAACAUGUGGUCAUGACGUUAUGAAUACGCUUUUAGCCAAUCAUUCUUCCUCUAUAUAUCUAUUACGCAAGUUUUCAGAUGGAGAAGUAGGGAUGUGACAUAUAAUGUCAUGCAUUACCAGGAAUGUAAUAGAGCUCCAUCAUAUUAAAGUUAGAUAUAGUAAUGCUCAUUUUAGCCUUGUUAUAAUGAAAAAAAGACCCUUUAGAUAAGUUAUAAGCUUGUGGGGUGGUUAUUUGUACUAACACUUACGCUAUUCAACAUAAUUGUAUGAUACAUUGGUUUCCAUGUUUCAUGGGGACUUAAAACAUGUACAUAAUGACUUUUAAACUUUACAAACUGUAUAUUGUAUCCCCUAACCCUGCAAGCACCUUUCUGCAUUGUUGCAUUUUCAAAUAUGUAAAAAAAAUGCAAUAAAGAGAAAAUUUGUAUUUACAGUUGUAAAUGUACAAAAUAUCUUAAUAAAACAUGAUCUUUACUUAA